AUGUGUUCCUGGACUAGAGACGACACCACAGCGCAGGGAUCCAACGGCCGGAAUCAGACCCGGCGCCCGCUGUGGUGCACUGAGCUAACAGGCCUAACGGGCGAUAGCACCAGCUCUAGCAGCACCACCACCAGCGCCAGCACCAUCGCCAGCGGAGCCUCGCCCAUGCUGCAGCGCUAUUUGCUGGACCAGUCCACGGGGCUUUCGGACAGGCUCAUCCGGCAGGCUCAUCAGCCAGAGUCUGCACCGCCGUCCAGUGUGCCCUUUGAUGGGCUGUCGAGAGAGCUCGAAUUGCUGGCGAAGAAGACGUAG